AUGACAUUUUCUCAUUUUCUCACCAUCACUGUCCUUGUCUGUUUGGUGUAUCCACUGUCUGCAAGUGACAUUUCCCUUGGUGAGAUGGAAUCAUUAAAAGCUUUGAGGGAGUCACUUUCCCAGAGAAGAGAUAUCAUUCCGAGUUGGUUUGUUUUAGGGAUUUCACCGUGCAAUUGGACUGGUGUAAAAUGUGAUGGUCUACUAAUUACCGAGUUGGAUCUAUCAUGGACCGUGUCACCUCUAAACCUUCCGUUCCCCAGGCAUAUUGGUGAACUUAGAUCUCUCAAGAACCUUAAUCUCAGCCACUGUGCCCUUACUGGGGAGAUUUAUCCAGACUUUUGGGAUUUGGAAAACUUGGAGAUCCUCGAUUUGAGUUUCAACCAAUUAACUGGGAUGCUACCUCCAAGCAUAGCCAAACUGAAGUACUUGAGACAACUUGUGCUUGAUGACAAUAAUUUUUCCGGCAGUUUACCGUCUACAAUUGGUCAAGUCACACAGCUCAGAGAACUUUCUCUCCAAUCAAAUUCAUUUUCUGGAAAUCUACCAUUAGAGCUUGGAAACCUACAGCAAUUGCUGGCUCUUGACAUCAGCAAUAACAAGUUUUUCGGGAACCUGCCUUCGAGUUUAGGUAAUCUUUCAAGGCUUUUGUACUUCAGCGCUCGCCAAAACAAAUUCACAGGAAUCUUAUUUCCAGAAAUUGGAAAAUUAACAAAGCUUAGUAUUCUUGAUCUUGCAUGGAAUCCACUAACUGGACCUAUACCAUCUGCAAUUGCUAAUCUGAAAGGCCUCAGUAAACUUGAUCUCCAGAAUUGCAGGUUCACAGGAAAUGUUCCAGAAGAGCUUUCAUUGCUAAGUAACUUGACAUACUUGAAUUUAGCGCAGAAUGAUUUUGAUGGAGAAUUGCCUUCUAGUAUUGGCAGGAUGGUAAAUCUGGUUUAUCUUAUUGCUCCGAGCUCUGGACUUAGUGGAACAAUUCCUUCACAGCUGGGAAACUGCAAGAAGCUCAAGAUUAUAAAUCUCUCCUUUAAUUCUUUAUCCGGUCACUUGCCUAAUGGUCUUGCAGGCCUAGAGUCGAUCAACUCAAUUCUCCUCGAUUCAAACCAGUUGUCGGGUCCCGUGCCUGAAUGGAUUUCCAACUGGAAACAAGUCGUUUCCAUUGUGCUAUCACAGAAUCUUUUUACUGGCCCUUUACCACCACUUAAUCUGCCUUUAUUAUCCCUUUUGGAUGUCAGUGCUAAUAAGCUUUCCGGUGAGUUGUCUGUGGAAAUAUGUAAUGCUCAAUCAUUGACCACUCUGUUGCUAUCUCAUAACAACUUGUCUGGUAGCAUAAAUGGCAUCUUCAUGGAUUGUCUGAACCUUGUAGAUUUGGUAUUGUCUGACAAUAACAUUUCUGGUGAAAUGCCAGCCUAUCUUGGGGAUCUUCAGCUAAUUACCUUGGAACUUUCUAAGAACAAAUUUUCGGGUACAAUUCCUGAUCAACUGUGGGAGUCGGAAACACUUAUGGAGAUCUUGUUGAGUGAUAAUUUCUUCGAAGGCAGGAUAUCCAAUGCAAUUGCCAAGGUCUCGACUCUUCAGAGGUUGCAGUUGGAUAAUAAUCUGUUUGAAGGAAACAUCCCUUCUAGCAUUGGCAAACUUAAAAAUCUGACCAAUCUAUCUCUACAUGGUAAUAAGCUAACAGGAGAAAUACCUUUGGAGCUUUUCGAGUGUACAAAGCUGAUAUCUUUAGACCUCGGUGCCAACAGAUUGACAGGUCCAAUUCCAAAAUCAAUAUCCCAAUUGAAAUUGCUUGACAACUUGGUUCUUUCAGACAAUCUAUUUUCUGGUCCCAUACCUCAGGAAAUGUGCUCAGGUUUUCAAAAGGUGCCUUUACCAGACUCCGAGUACGUCCAGCACUACGGCAGGCUUGAUCUUUCCCACAAUGAACUAGAGGGGCCCAUUCCUGCAUCAAUUAAGCAGUGCAUUGUCGUGGCAGAACUAUUGUUGCAGGGAAACAAGCUCAAUGGGAGCAUUCCAGAAGAGAUUUCAGUUUUGAUAAACUUGACAUUACUUGAUCUGUCAUUCAAUUCUUUGUCAGGUUCAUUGGUUCCUCAGUUGUUCUCGAUGAGACAUCUUCAAGGUCUUGUACUUUCACAUAACCAGAUAAGUGGCUAUAUUCCUGAUAAUAUUGGGCUGGAAAUGCCGAGCUUAGCAAAGCUUGACCUUUCAUAUAACCGGUUAAUCGGUCCAUUGCCUCCUUCUGUGUUCAAUUCUAGAAGUUUGACUUAUUUGGAUGUGAGCAUGAAUUCUUUAUCGGGUUCUCUCUGUGUUGAGUAUGCAAGCAUUAGCGCUCUUUUGGUCUUGAAUGCCAGCUACAAUCAGUUCUCUGGCACCCUUGAUGAUUCUAUCUCGCAUCUAACAUCUCUUUCCGUAUUGGACCUCCAUAAAAAUAGAUUUUCUGGAAGCUUGCCCAUGUCACUUUCAACCCUUGAUGCCUUGACAUAUCUUGAUUUAUCAGUAAAUCAUUUCCAAAAUUCUCUUCCUUGUAAUAUCUGUAACAUAGAAGGCCUCACCUUAGCCAAUUUCACCAACAGUUUCUCCAGCCACAUUCCAGAAUCUUGCUCUAUGGCAAAACCAUGCCUUCUAGACCAACAGUUCCCUUCAAGGCAUGAAUACCCAUCUAGUCCACUUGUCUCUCGUGCUUCAGUGUUUGGUGUGGCUGUUGGUGUUACAUUUAUAUCCCUGGUAUUACUUAUUUGUCUACUUAGAUGGAGAAUGCUGAGGCGAGAUGGGAUAAAUAAUAACAGCGCCAAUGAUAUGCUUGUGAUGACACCAGAGUCGGGAUCUAGUGAUGGGCUUUUAGUAAAGAAGACAAGGGAUCCGCUAAGCAUUAACAUUGCAACUUUUGAGCACCCUCUGUUAAGGAUAAAAGCUGCAGAUAUUUUAUCAGCAACUGAAAAUUUCAGCAAGAGUUAUAUUAUUGGUGAUGGUGGAUUUGGGACAGUAUACAAAGCCUUCUUGCCAGAAGGAAGAAUAAUAGCUGUGAAAAGGCUUAAUGGAGGUCACUUGCAUGGAGAACGUGAAUUCUUGGCUGAAAUGGAAACAAUUGGAAAGGUGAAGCAUGAAAAUUUGGUGUCGUUGCUUGGUUACUGUGUCUUUGGGGAUGAGAGAUUUUUAAUUUAUGAAUACAUGGAGAAUGGGAGCCUCGACUUUUGGCUAAGGAACGAGGCAGAUGCAGUUGAGGCACUUGACUGGCAUACCCGGUUCAAGAUUUGCCUGGGCUCAGCUCGUGGACUUGCUUUUCUGCAUCAUGGAUUUGUUCCCCAUAUUAUUCACCGGGACAUUAAGUCAAGUAACAUACUAUUGGAUGUGAACUUUGAACCAAGGGUAUCGGAUUUUGGCCUAGCUCGAAUAAUUAGUGCUUGUGAGAGCCAUGUCUCAACUAUCCUUGCUGGGACAUUUGGUUACAUACCACCCGAGUAUGGCCAGACUAUGGUGGCUACGACCAAGGGAGAUGUCUACAGCUUUGGGGUGGUGAUGCUCGAGCUCAUAACAGGAAGAUCACCGACUGGACAAGCUGAUGUUGAGGGAGGCAAUCUCGUUGGAUGGGUGAGGUGGAUGGUUGCAAAGGGAAGGGAGCAUGAAGUACUCGAUCCAUAUAUUUCUGGUUCAGCUACAUCAACAGAUCAAAUGCUCCGCGUUCUUGCUGUUGCGAGGUUGUGCGCACAUGAUGAUCCGUGGAAGCGUCCAACAAUGCUUGAGGUAGUUAAGCUCUUGAAGCAGGCUAAGGUGUAA